AUGGCAUACUCUAGCACGAUACUGAAGUCUUUGAACGAGGCCCGGAAUAUAUGCUUAGCCACACCCACCACAUAUCCACAAGUCAUCCCUGGCGUGCUACCUGUGAUCGGCCAUCAGCAGCACCUGUCAUUGCGAAGAUGGGGUUCAGAUUUCCUCGCAGAGACGUUUGCGUCACCAGUCGUGAGCGGCGAGGACAAGCAGAAGAUGUCGCUGCUUGUGUUGGACACACUGAAGGGUUACCUGGAUCGCAAGACUGCGAUGGGCGAGGAGGAAGAUCCGGCAGUCAUCAAAAGUGCUGUACAAUGUGCUGCCAGCAUAUACCCGUACGUGUUCUGCCAGACCCUAUCCAACUCCAACACGACAGAAUUGUGGAGCAAGAUGGCGAGCAUUAAGAGUAUAAUCUUGCGGACAAUGGAUGAUUCUGCGCCCGGCGUGAGGAUAUGUGGGGUGAAGUUCAUCUCGCGUGUGGUGCUGGUACAGACGCCAGGCUUGAUCGCGGAUCCUAGGAGGCCGGAGCAGAAUGAGAUCAGUCUGGCGUUGUUGGGGAGGGAUCAUGCUGUGCUGCAGCCGAGCCAGCUGGAAGCAGAAGCAAGCGGUUUGCUAGAUAGGCUACUAGGCGUGCUGCAGGACAACAGCUCUGAAGCGCUUGUGGUGACUGCUACUCUGAAUUCCUUGUCGUCGCUAGUACAUCGGCGUGCGAGCAUUGGCAACAAGAUCUUGACGACUGUGCUCAAUUUCAACCCACUCACGCCAGCAAAGGCGGGCUCGGCAGCAAUGGGAGGGAAGGAGCGAGUGGCGCUAAGGAGUAUGACGAGGACGACGAUGUCUUUCCUCCUCAACGUGCUGAAGCGCAAUCCGAAUCAUGCGCUUGCAGUCCGAUUGCAACAACGUACGGAGCAGCUACGGCAUAGCCUGGUGGAAAUAUUCUCAGAUUCUGGUCCUGGCAAACGUGCGGCACCUGAUGGGCCUAUCGACGGGCUUGACAAUAACAAGCGCAUGCGCCUCGACAACCAAAUGGCGAACGGCACUGCAUCCCAGCAGCAACACCCGCAGCAUCCGCAACAAAAUAUGGCACCGCCACCAUUACCACCAGGUGAGGUAUCGUACCGACAGCUCUUCACCCUUGACCCAGACCCAUCAGCUGCUGGGUUUCACGUCGAAGCGAUUCCGCUGCACACUGUCAACCAACUCGUCUUACCACUACUCGGUAGCAUUGACCCGGCCCGGCUCCACGCUGCAGUCACAGCUGUCCAGAGACGCUUUUUGGAUUACAAGCAGAGACCACCACACACAGCUCUCGAAAGUGCGAGAGCUGUCGCUGGAGAUGAAGACGAAGACUACGACCCAAUGGCCGAAGUGAGCAUGGCAGGCGAUCGAGCACAAGUCAUGAACAGGCUUGACCAAGCACCUCCACAGGGACAGAUACAGGAGGGACCGAUACAGCCAAUCGUGCUGGAGCCAGGUCCGCCACUGAGCGAGCAGGAGAAGGAGCAGUAUGGCAAAAUCGCAAUGACGCGCGUUUUCAGUACUCUCGCAGAUCUCGACAGGGAAGCGAAAGCCAAGCCUGGCAAGAAGCUGGAUGAAUCCAAAGGCUUCAAUCGCUUGGCUGCAGCAGGCGUGGGACAAGAUCGAGAAGGCUGGAUAAUGCUCCUCACUCGUCUCGCCACACGCACCACUUUCUCACUUGAUGGCGACCAAGAUAUCAAGCAAGAGAAUCAAGACCGCAGCCUCGUCAAGAAUGGUAAAGCGUACACAAUCGCCGAUGGCAUCCGCCAAACACUACUCACAUACGUAAUGGACGACUUCCGACGCCGAAUAGAUGUAGCCAUAACAUGGCUCAAUGAAGAAUGGUUCUGCGAUCGACUGGCAUACCAACACCAGAAUCCAAGCGCGAAGACUAAGCCUAGUAUGUCCGCUGGCGAUCUACCACACUACACCCAAUACGUCCUUCUCACACUGGACACACUGAUCACAUACCUCGACACCAAAGACGGCAAAACGCUCAUCCGCUUCCUAUCGGAAAUCCCCGAGAUUGACGGACGUGUUCUGGAUAGGGUGGGCAAGCUGGCGGAUGACCCGGAGCGCAUCCAGAUGUGUUCGCAGGCGUUGCUGUAUUUGAUCAUGCUGCGUAAGCCGGCGAGAGAGCUGGCGAUUGAGAAGGCGGUGGAGUUGUGGAAGGGGAAUAUUGAUGCUAAGGGUGCUAUGGGGAAGAUUUUGACGAGGUGGAGACCGGAUGUGCUUAAGGAGGAAGAGGAGGAGAAGGGGAGGGAGGUGAAGGCGGAGGCUUGA